AUGUCUGUUGAGUCUGUAUCGAGUGACAGGGCUGAAGAGCCGGACACUAAAAAUGAAGCGUCGGCGUCGCAAGCGUAAAUUGUCGGCUCUCAAUUCCAAGAAUUGUUCGAAUUCAGAUGAAAGCGCAUUUUUGCCAUUCACUGAUUGUAAAUUAUUUUGUCGCCAAUCUAUAGAGCCUUACAAUCAUUAUUUCAUUCAAGACGAGGCAAUUAUAUCCGUUGCUGUUGCCGGAGAGGUGACUGAUUCAUGUAUUGUUGAAGUAGGAAGAGUAAGACCUCAAUUCCAAUACACAAGGGAAGAACUUAUCACUAUUAAGGGAUUACCUUUGUCCAAACGUCGACCUGAAUGUUUAGACGCUGCUUAUAAUAACUCUCGCGGCCUCUGGGAUCCGGAGAGAUGGCAUCUGGACAGGAAACGCAGCGAGACGCCACCCGAAGAGGAACAACGUCCUGGGGGAAGAGAUCAAGUUAUCGAUUCGCAAAACAACAAGCGUCGAAGUGGCGAUCCACGGGAACGAAUACGUAAAGAACAAGAUGGUAUUGUCUUGAGUCCUCAGCGAAGAAGCUUCAACUCAGGAUGCUUUGUCAACGUAACUCAACCAACUUCACGUCGUCCAGAGAGUCCUAUUGGAAAACCAGAAGUCGCUCAUCGCGAGCCAGUUCGGCGUAUUGGUAGUGGCCGAUUGUUGACACGAGACAUGUGGGACUUUAGACCAGAAAAUGAAAAGAUGGAGCCUGAUCGUCCAGACUACGGGUUCCGUAGUGGUGGUAACUCAGCGCGUGAUCGAGACUCUGGCAGAGAACGGGAAAAUUUACGCGAUCGAGAUAACGUUCGUGACAGAGAUGAUCGUAACGAACGCUAUGAAAGAAGAUCAUUUGGUCGAGACUUUGGUGAUCGAGACAAUCGUGAUCGUGAUCGUGGUUCAGACUCAAGAAAUGAUCGAGGACAUGUAAUGGAUCGCGACAAAGAUCGAGGUGGUAGAGACCGAAAGUAUGGAUCAGAUCGCAGAAAAAUUCAUAGUCACGAUUCACGAGAACCCGAAGAGCCUGAAUGGUUUAGUUCUGGUCCCAUUUCCCAACAUGAUACUAUUGAGCUUCGUGGAUUUGAUGAUCCUCCUGAGGAAAAAAGUAUCAAGUCGAAGAAAAUUUCCCCGGCUCAAAAGAAACGAGGCAAAAAAUCGGUUAAUGAAAAAGAUGAUAAACCAAGUGAAAAUUCGGCUGGCCCGAAAGGACGUAGUACACCCACUUCCAUCGAUCAACCGACUAAUCCUGUACCUGCACCGCAUUCACCUAUCCUAGAAAAACCAGAAAAUGAAGCGGCUAAUGAAAAAAAUCAAUCUGAAAGCAACGAUAAUAAAAACACUGAAAAUGUUAAUCGUGAAAAAACAGAACAAUCUGAAUCAGCUAAUAAACGUGAAGCAGAGAACUUAAAUUUUAAUCUUGAAGAUUUUCUCAAGUCAGACAAUCUUCCUGGAGUUUCUGGAUUGUUGACAAACGGUGUUGGUGCAAACAGCGGGAGUGGAUCACGUUUUAGUCAGUGGUUUAAAAGAGAAAGUCCUCUUCAACAGAACGACAGUCGUAGACCAUCCAUUCAAGAUGAACUGCUUAAUAAUUUACUCAGUGACAUCACUGAACCUAACAUUCAAGUACCAACUGUUAAUGAGUCAAACACUUAUUUUGCACCUAUUUCACCGGCCAAUUCAACUAACAUCAACAAAGCGCCUUCAGCUAGUGAAGUUAAACUCCUGGAGAUGUUACAACGUGGCAACAAAUCUAAUCAAAAUGGACAAGGUGACACUGCCAUUAAUAUGGUAAAGAUGUUAAAAACUCCUUCUGUUAAAGAUAUAGAAGUUGGAAGUAAAGGGAUGCAUAGUUUGGAAGAAUUAGAAGCCAGUUUGAGAGGAGGUGUACCACCUCAAGUACAACAUGUUGAACAACAAAAAGUUAAUAAAACAGAGGAAGACCUUUCUGCAUUUAAAAAACUCCUUGCUCAAGUUUCUGGUGGUCAAGCUGUACCUGCUGCAAAUGGACUUAACCCAUCAAAAGGUCAACCCAUUACUCUGAUGGAAUUGUUGAAAAAUCAACAACCUCAGCCACCAAUUCAUAUUCCGCCUCAUCAGCCAAUUGUGCCUGAGCAACCUCAUCCUAAUUCAUUCGGUCACGUUGGUCCGCUAGGCCCUACUCAGCAUGCUCAUCAAGCUCAGAUGCAACAUGAAAAUUUGCUUAAAGUACUGAGAAUACAGCAGAAUCCAGCUAUGCAACAUCGUCAUCGUGAGCUUUUGAUGAACAUUUUGAGAAUGUUUGGUAACACUGCUUCGCGUACUGUCAGUCCUCAUCCAGGUUCAGGUGUUUCGCAUGAUCCAAUGAUUCAACAGUUGUUGUAUCAGCAGCAACAACAACAACAACAGCAACAACACCAACAACAGAGAGUUCCUUCUCCGAUGAACAACGCGUUAUGUCAACCCUCGAUAAUACCGUCUAAUUUAGUAUCUAACUCUAAUCCAUUAUCAAUGCAACAUUCAGUGAUUCCACACAGAGCACCUUCGCCCCGUGAUCUUAUAAUGCAUCCGCAAUCCAUGAUGCAGAAUGCAUUGAUCAAAAAUAAAUUGGAGGAACAACGUGAAAGUUAUCGUAAACGGCAGGAACAUCAGCAACAACAACAGCAGCAGCGUAUUGCGAGUCCGAUUAACUCACCAUCAAAGCAAAUAAUGAGUCCAACACCACUUGCUUUUACACCAACUUCUGUAUUGCGAAAAAUGACAGCUGAAAAGGAACCAGAUGGUGCGGAUAAUAAAAUUGAACAUGAUUCAUUAGAAGUAGCUCGAAGAGAAAAUAAAAAAAUUAACGAUAGUAACUGUAUAACGCGUAAAAAUUCGAUAACUUGUAAUGUUGACAAUCUAUCGGAAAAUAAUAUAAUUUCAAAUUCAAAUUCGGAAAAUAGUGAGGAAAAAGAUGAUUGCGAUAAAAAAAAUAAUGUCGAAAUUUUAGAAUCAAAGAGUGAAUUUAGUAAAGAAAAAGAAAAUGAUGACACUAAAAAAUUGUUGAUUGAAGUAGGCGAAAUUAUUUCUGCUAAGAAUGUAAACUCUUUUGAAUGUUCAGAAAAUCGCGAGAAAAAUAUUGAAGUCAACAACGAUAAUAAUAUAAUUGUUAUGUCCGAUAAUUAUUUAAAUGAGGAAAAAAGUGACGAUAGUAUUAAAAAUAAUUCGUUGAUAGAAAAUAAUGAAACUUGCGUGAGGGUAAUUGAGUCUAUUGAUAAUUUCACAAAUUCACAAAAUCUCGGGAAAAUUGAUGAUAAUGAUAAAAUUAAUAAUAAUUCAAUGAUUAUUGAAUCGGAAAAUGAUUUAGAUGAAAAAAAGAAUAUAUAUACCGAGAAUUCGUUAGUUGAAAAAUCUGCUUUAUCCGAAAAAUUAGUUUUCGACUUGAAGAACAAUUCUGAUGAUGAUUAUAAUACAGAUAUUAACAAUCUCUUUACUAUUAUUGAGGAAAAUUUAGACGUACCCGCUGGCGUGGAUUCCGAUACUGAUAUCAUUAGUAGAACUGUUGACAAUUCAAAAAUGGUAUCUCAAAGUCAAGUAAAUCAAAUACAGCAAAUGCAAUCAGCAGUACAAAUAAUUGCUCAAGCUCAGGGAGUCUUCUCACGGCAGCAAAACACAAUGAGGACUCAACCAAAUCCACAAGUACCUUGGACAAAUCAACUUGUCAAUAAACAUCCUGGACGACCAAUUGUGAAAGGUGGUGCUGCUAAUCAAUUUCAGUAUGGUAAUCCAGUUAAUUAUCCACAACAAUCACAGCCGCAGCAACAACUGCCGCAACAACAACAACCUCCAUCGUCGCAACGAAUAACGCCGAGUGUUUUUGGAAACACUGCACGCUCAAAACAUACAAUGUCUUCAUCGCUGUCACAUCAAAAUUUUCCUCCAUAUAAUAUGACACCAAAUCCGGCUAUGAGCAGAAGACCAGAUAUGACGGCAGAAUUUGCACGAAAAGUGGGACAAGUUACCAGUAUGGAUAAUGAGCAACCACAGCAGCAGCAACGUAAUGUCAAUUCUCAGGUUCAGCUUAUUUUAAACCAAAAUUAUAACACUAAUCGAACAGACGGUCGAGUAAUGCGACCUCAACAACCAAUUAGUAUGGGUAGACAAACAUCACCAGGAAGCAAUGGAGGAAGUCUUUCACCUACGUCUAAUCAACUGGCUCGAUGGUUUAGUCCCGAGCUUCUUGCUAAAGCAAGAGCUGGAAAAUUACCAGAGCUUGGUCAAUCUAAUGUUUUAUCACUUGAAGAAUUAGAACGACUUCAACAAGCUUCAGCUGUCGUACAUGAUUAG